AUGAAUGCUUUCAUCGCCUCGCCGGGGGAUUCGGGGGGUUUCUCAAACGCCACUCAGCCUCUCAAUGGGCACAGCACAUCAUCAUCGACGCCUUAUCCAGAUGGCACUCUAAUUACCCCCACGAGCACUAUCCAGAGCAUCAGUGAUGGGCCGCCGCCAUUCGUGACAGAUCCGAAUGCCGCAGAGUCAUCAAACCCAGAUUCGUUAUUCUUAUCUCACCAAUACCCUUCGCAUUUCAAGUUUCGAACGCCAAACUACGCAGAAGAACGUCUCGAUUUCUUCCGCUCUCGGAUGUUACCGUCAUUUCCUUUCAUACACCUGACCCCAGACAUGACAAGCUGGUAUUUGCGCCAAAAUAGGCCUGUCUUGUUCCAGGCGAUCAACACGGUCACUUCCUUCUCAACACAGGAACGGCUGGUACAAGUCGAGGAGCUAAAGCAUCUCCUGUUUACAUCCGCCUUGCUCAAGGUCCAGUCGAAUAUCGACCUGCUGCUUGGAGUACUAACGUAUCUAGCAUGGAGCACCGACCCAUUCCUUGGCCGAGCAGAUCUCAUGUCGCGCCUCAUGAUGCUCGCCAUGUCACUGGUAUAUGAUCUACGACUCUUCAAACCACCCUCAACAGAUGUUCAACUCAUGAUGACGAUUACCCAAGGGCAGGAGGAAAGUAGCCAGAGCCCUGGGGAUAAAACGCCGUAUGGUCUACUGGAAAGGCAGCGGGCCGUACUGGCGUGUUUUAUUUUGAGCUCCAAUAUUUCGUCACACCUAGGGCGUCAAGACUCGUUAAAAUGGACGGCUCAGAUGGAAGAGGCACUUAAACUAAUAUCAAUCAGCGAAUCAUGCCCCGGAGAUGAGCUGUUCGUUGCGCAAGUGCGCUUGCAACUACUGAAGCAAAAGGCGGACGAUGUCAGACAGCAAGACGAGACAAACUGUGCUCUCACAGGAACAGCUCCUUAUAUGCUGAUAUUCUCGUCCGGGGAAACCCUGGCGCAACAUAAAGAUAUUCUUAAUACUCACGCACAAUAUGUCGAUUUAUACAUAAACCAGCUAGCUUACUCCAUAAGCCAAGACGCACUCCCUAUAGACCUCUCUGGCCGACGGGGAGAUGGUGGUAUUCUCCUCGGAUUCGAACGUCUCGCGUGUCUCUGGCAGUCCGUCGAGAACAUCAAGUCAUGGCUAGACAAUUUCUACCGCAUCCCCUGCUCGAAACUUGUCGGUCAACCCUUCCAUUUCUGGUCCCAGAUGAUCCUCACCAUCACCUUAUUGAAAUACCUCUCUACGCUCCAAGACCCCGACUGGGACUGCCGAGCAGUGCGAAACACAGUCCACCUCAUUUCGACGAUGGACUGUAUGCGUCAGAAGCUCGAUCUCAGCAGCAAAGAACCGGAGCUCCAAUGUAGCGAUCACUUGCUCAAGUACUUAUCGAAGCUGUUGACUAGAUGUCGUGUGUGGGGUGAGGGUCGGUGGGACAUGGGGUCUCAGAUGCAAGACGUGGAGACCAGACCGGACAGGGGUGCUAGUCACAACACAAAUUGCCAGAAUCACAGCCAGAGCCAGAGCCAAGGCCACCAUAUCCCAGACAUGGACCAGAUGGCCUGGAUGCAGUCUAUGGACUUAGGCAGUGAACAGUGGUUUGAAGAUGUUUUAGGUAUGCCUGCGCCAUUUUACUAG